AUGCCUGGUUGGGGUAAUAAUUCUUGGGAUUAUCAUAAUAAUGAUGGAAAUAAGAAUUCUCCAGAAACUAAUAUACUUGGUAGUGGCUUGUCUUAUGGACCAAAAUUUAUAACUGGUGAUAUUAUUGGAUGCUUUAUAAACUUUAGAAAUAAUAUGAUACUUUACACUAGAAAUGGAAUUAAUCUAGGUAUUGCUUUUUGUAAUUUGAAAAAUUGUUUGUAUCCUUUUGUUGGAAUAGAGUCUCCAGGUAGAUCAAUUGUAAGAGCAAAUUUGGCUAUAAAAAUUCAAAUACACAG